AAAGUCCGUCAGUGGACGCAGGAAAGUUGGGGAGCGGAGGAGGAAUAUUUCUGGAGAAAUUCAUAUGAGGAACAUUAUGACAUCAACUUUUUAAGCUUUAUGACAACUUUUUAAAGACUUUAAAAAAAACUUUUUAGAAGGCCAAAACAACUUUUACCAAAGAAAGAAAAAACAGGCCUAACCAAAGAGGUUCAGGAUUUUCAUCGCCUAUUUUUAAUCGAAUCUUUUUAUUAGUAGGAUUUGUUUUAUUUGUUUGUAUAUCUAACAAUAUGAGCGGUAACCCUCUCCAGCCGUUGCCGGGCCAGCAGGUGAUCCAUGUCGCCAAAGACCUUGACACGGAUCUGGAGGCUCUUUUUAACUCGGUCAUGAACCCAAAGCCUAGCUCCUGGAGGAACAAACAUCUGCCCGAGUCGUUCUUUAAGGAGCCGGACUCGGGCUCUCACUCCCGGCAGUCUAGCACGGACUCGGGCAGCCACCCGCCGCGGCUCCAGGCGCAGCACGUCCGUUCGCACUCGUCUCCGGCGUCCCUGCAGCUGUCGUCGGGCGCGCUGAGCGCUGCGACCCCCGGGCGUCAUCACACUCAUAUCCGACACCAGUCGUUCGAUGUGGCCGAAGAGCUGCCGCUGCCGCCGGGCUGGGAGAUGGCCUGCACUCCCAACGGACAGAAGUACUUUCUCAACCACCUUGAGAAGAUCACCACAUGGCAUGACCCCAGGAAGAGCAUGACCCCGUCGGUGACCCAAAUGAGUCUGCACAAUCAAGCGUCUAACAGUGCUAACAUACAGCAGCGCUCCAUGGCCCUGUCUCAACCCAAUCUCGGACAUUUGCCAGAGGGUUGGGAGCAGGCCAUCACCCCUCAGGGAGAAACAUACUUCAUUGACCACAAAACCCAAAGAACCUCAUGGCUGGACCCACGCAUCGUGUUAAAUCAGCAGGCGCAUCCACAGCACCUGCAGCAGCAGCAUCAACAGCAGCAGGUGCAGGCGCAGACGCUUGGCUCGCAGCAGCAGCAGAACUCUCAGGCCAGCAUGUUGAACAUGAGCGCACAGCAGCACCAGCAGAAGAUGCGACUGCAGCGCAUACAGAUGGAACGAGAGCGCAUUCAGAGGAGACAGGAAGAGCUCAUAAGACAGGAGGUGGCGCUCCGGCAGCUGCCCAUGGACUCUGAUAAUAUGGCAUCUGUGGCACCAGCCAUCAGCUCUCCGGCCAUGACACAGGGCAACAUGCCCAACAACAGCACAGAUCCCUUCCUCAACAGUGGGCCAUACCACUCUCGAGAGCAGAGCACAGACAGUGGACUCGGACUGGGCUGCUACAGCAUCCCCACCACCCCUGAAGACUUCCUUAACAACAUGGAGGAGAUGGACACAGGUGAGAACAUGGUGCCGGUCAGUGUGAAUGUACCGCAACAGAGUCGUUUCCCAGACUUUCUGGAUUCCAUGCCCGGCACCAAUGUGGACCUGGGCACCCUGGAGGGCGCUGACCUCAUGCCCAUCCUGAACGACGUGGAGUCAGUCCUGAACAAGAGCGAACCCUUCCUCACCUGGCUCUAGACUCAAACAGGACACUAUAGACUUUUAUAUAUACGUACAUAUAUAUAUUAUAUAUACACAAUCAGCCUCCUCCUGUAGUUUCACUUUGUAGACAUCAGUUUUGUUUCCACACACUACUCUGAAUUUCCUUUUCUUUUGCUGAGUCAAAGAACAAUAUUUACCAAAGUGUUUAGCCUGCGAACAAAUAUGCGAGUACGCGUCAGUAAUAGCCGUAGUGUAGAAAGACUAAUGUGUUUGUUUUGUAACUGAAAUUGGAUAGAUUUGAUUAUGUUCAAAAUUAUCACAUGAACACAUCCUUUCCACAGCAGACAUGCCUGGAUAGUGUCCUAACAGUGGCUGUCAAUCAAUCUGCCCAAUCAUGUUUAACAGUGAAACAUUCAAGAAAAUGUUCAGGUAACAUUUUACUCCAAAAUCAAAAGAAACAAAUAAGAAAUGUUAUUUUGCAUAAAGAAAAUGAAGGACAUUUUAGGACCAUCAAGUUUUUUUUUUUGUUUUUUUUUGCAUUGUGACAUUUUCAUGACAAUUAAGCAUAUUUCCCCCCCCCCCAAAUUAUUUUUAACCGCAAUGCGAAAAAUCUCAUUCUAAUUACCGUAAUGUGAAAACAUAAUGAGGUAUUAAACUUGUAAAGUAUUUUUGUACAUUAUGGUAGCAUUUGGUCUACUGCCUUUAUGCUGAUUUUUUUUUUUUGUUUGUUUAAAUAAUUUUAUUUAGGGCUUUCAAUUUAAUGCACUAAUUCAGUGCGAUUAAUUAUAUAAAUAAUAAUGUGUUAAAGUAAUAUGGACACUGGCUACCACCAGUUCGCUAGUUCGAAUCCAGGGCAUGCUGAGUGACUCCAGCCAGGUCUCCUGAGCAACCAAACUGGCCCGGUUGCUAGGGAGGGUAGAGUCACAUGGGGUAACCUCCUCGUGGUCACUAUAUUGUGGUUCGCUCUCGGUGAGGCGCGUGGUGAGUUGAGCGUGGAUGCCGCGGUGGAUGGCGUGAAGCCUCCACACACGCUAUGUCUCCGUGGCAACGCACUCAACAAGCCACGUGAUAAGAUGUGUGGGUUGAUGGUCUCAGACGCAGAGGCAGCUGGGAUUCAUUCUCCGCCACCAGAUUGAGGCCACUACGCGACCAUGAGGACUUAAGGCACAUUGGGAAUUGGGCAUUCCAAAUUGGGAGAAAAAAAAAAGAAAAAAGUAAUGCAAUUAAUCAUGUCUUGAGAAAUUCAAGCUUGAAGUACCACCUGUUUUCUCCAGAGGGCAGUAAACGAAACUUCAGCUGUAUAGGUAACACGAAGCUUAUACAGACAACAAACCAACCCUUCAGCAGACAGCACAACACGAGGACACAUUCUUGCAUUCAAAACACAACUUGAUGGAGUGCAAAUCUGAACUUGGGGAUCUCAAGAAGUGUUUUUCUAAGUAUUAAACUACUUUUAACUUGACACAGUGACCUAAAAACGGUAUGAUUAUGAUGCGACGGAACCAAAGUGAGACGCUCCAAAAGCGUCCAUCUGACGCAGGUGAACAUUGAUGCGUUCUUAGACAAGCCCUCAUAAUAAAUCUCGGACUAAUUGAAAAAUUCAAUUACAAAAUGAAUUGCUGUGAACUGUAGGACAAUGAUAGGCUUAUAUUCAAUAAUAUGCAAAUAAACAAUACACACAUUCUAAAGCCAUAUAUAUAUAUA